AUGGCAGGGCGGUUGCUUGCACCACCAGGCCCUGACAGUUUUAGGCCUUUCACUCUGGAAUCUCUGGCUAACAUUGAGAAGCGCAUUGAAGAAGACAAGAAAAAGAAGCGUCCUAAGCAAGACAGCAGUCACAGAGAUGACGAUGAAGAGAACAAACCAAAACCAAACAGUGACCUGGAGGCUGGGAAGAGUUUGCCUUUCAUCUACGGGGACAUCCCCAAAGGCUUGGUUGCUGUGCCAUUGGAGGACUUUGACCCUUACUAUAUGACGGAGAAAACCUUUGUAGUACUAAACAGAGGCAAAACACUCUUCCGAUUUAGUGCCACGCCUGCCUUGUACAUUUUAAGUCCUGUGAACCUGCUUAGGAGAAUAGCUAUUAAAAUUUUGAUACAUUCAGUAUUUAGCAUGAUCAUUAUGUGCACUAUUUUGACGAACUGUGUGUUCAUGACUUUUAGUAACCCACCAGAAUGGUCGAAACAGGUGGAGUACACAUUCACUGGUAUAUACACAUUUGAAUCCCUUGUGAAAAUUAUUGCAAGAGGCUUUUGCAUAGAUAGUUUCACUUUUCUUCGUGACGCAUGGAACUGGCUAGACUUCAGUGUCAUCAUGAUGGCGUAUAUAACAGAGUUUGUAAACCUAGGCAAUGUUUCAGCUCUGCGCACCUUCAGGGUACUGAGAGCUUUGAAAACUAUUUCUGUAAUUCCAGGUCUGAAGACUAUUGUGGGAGCCCUGAUCCAGUCUGUGAAGAAACUCUCUGAUGUGAUGAUUUUGACUGUGUUUUGCCUCAGUGUAUUUGCUUUAAUUGGGCUACAGCUGUUCAUGGGGAAUCUAAGAAACAAAUGUGUCAUCUGGCCCAUCGAUCUCAAUGAGACCUAUCUAGAAAAUGGCACCAAGGGAUUUAAUUGGGAAGAAUACAGCAACAAUAUGUCAAAUUUUUACACAAUACCUGGGUUUCUUGAUCCAUUGUUAUGUGGUAACAGUUCUGAUGCAGGCCAAUGCCCAGAGGGAUACACGUGUAUGAAAGCAGGGAGGAAUCCAAACUAUGGCUAUACCAGUUUUGAUACUUUUAGUUGGGCCUUCCUGGCCUUAUUUCGCCUCAUGACUCAGGACUUUUGGGAAAACUUGUAUCAGUUAACAUUGCGAGCAGCAGGAAAAACCUACAUGAUCUUUUUUGUCCUCGUUAUUUUUGUUGGGUCAUUCUACCUGGUGAACUUGAUUUUGGCUGUAGUGGCUAUGGCCUAUGAAGAACAAAACCAGGCUACAUUGGAAGAGGCAGAGCGGAAGGAAGCAGAAUUCAAGGCCAUGUUGGAACAACUGAAAAAGCAACAGGAGGAUGCUGCAGCCAUGGCUACCUCAGCAGGGACCGUGUCUGAAGAUGGUGUAGAAGAAGAUGGUGGGGGAAGGAUGUCCCACACCUCUUCCGAGUUCUCCAAGCUCAGCUCUAAGAGUGCCAAGGAGAGACGAAACAGAAGGAAAAAGCGGAAGCAAAAGGAGCUCUCGGAAGGAGAGGAGAAGGGAGAUCUUGAGAAAGUAUUUAAGUCAGAAUCAGAAGAUGGAAUGAGGAGGAAGAUCUUCCGCUUGCCGGACAACAGGCUUGGCCGGAAACUCUCCAUUAUGAACCAGUCACUGCUUAGCAUUCCAGGAUCCCCAUAUCUCUCUCGACACAACAGCAAAAGCAGUCUUUUCAGCUUCAAGAGAGGGUUCCGGGAUCCUGGGUCAGAGAAUGAAUUUGCCGAUGAUGAGCACAGCACAGUGGAAGAGAGCGAGGGCAGGAGGGAUUCACUCUUCAUCCCUAUCCGAGGCUAUGACAGGAAAAGCAGCUACAGUGGUUACAGUGGUUAUAGCCAAGGAAGCCGGUCAUCACGCAUUUUUCCCAGCAUUCGUCGGAACGUGAAGCGGAAUAGCACUGUGGACUGUAAUGGUGUGGUCUCCCUGAUCGGUGGCCCAACUUCUAACAUCCCCAGCGGGCGUCUUCUGCCUGAGGUGAUAAUAGAUAAGGCAGCUACUGAUGACAAUGUAAGGAAGUCAGCAACCACAGAAGUAGAGAUUAAGAAGAAAGCCACUGGGUCACUUCUGGUGUCAAUGGACCAACUGAAUGCUUCAUAUGGAAGAAAGGAUAGAACCAAUAGUAUAAUGACAGUCAUAACAAAUACUCUUGUAGAAGAACUGGAAGAAUCCCAAAGAAAAUGUCCCCCUUGCUGGUACAGAUUUGCUAACACCUUCCUCAUUUGGGAGUGCCACCCACACUGGGUGAAGUUAAAAGAGAUUGUCAACCUGAUUGUCAUGGAUCCUUUUGUGGAUUUAGCCAUUACUAUCUGUAUUGUUCUAAAUACUCUUUUCAUGGCAAUGGAACAUCAUCCCAUGACCCCACAAUUUGAGCAUGUCUUGGCUGUAGGAAAUCUGGUUUUUACUGGAAUUUUUACAGCUGAAAUGUUCCUGAAGCUCAUAGCAAUGGAUCCCUACUACUAUUUUCAAGAAGGGUGGAACAUUUUUGAUGGAUUUAUUGUCUCACUCAGUUUAUUAGAACUGAUGCUAGCAGAUGUGGAGGGGCUUUCAGUGCUGCGAUCUUUCAGAUUGCUGAGAGUCUUCAAGCUGGCAAAAUCCUGGCCAACUCUGAACAUGCUGAUAAAAAUCAUUGGUAAUUCAGUGGGUGCCUUGGGGAACCUGACCUUGGUGCUGGCCAUCAUUGUUUUCAUAUUUGCUGUAGUGGGGAUGCAGCUUUUUGGCAAGAACUACAAGGAAUGUGUCUGCAAAAUCAACCCUGAGUGUGUUCUUCCACGAUGGCAUAUGCAUGACUUCUUCCACUCUUUUCUUAUCGUCUUCCGUGUACUAUGUGGAGAAUGGAUUGAAACUAUGUGGGACUGUAUGGAAGUGGCAGGACAGGCAAUGUGCCUUAUUGUCUUCAUGAUGGUGAUGGUCAUUGGAAAUCUGGUGGUGCUGAAUCUGUUCUUGGCCUUGUUGCUGAGCUCUUUUAGUGCAGACAACCUUGCAGCCAGUGAUGAUGAUGGUGAGAUGAACAACUUGCAGAUCUCUGUCAUCCGGAUCAAGAAGGGCAUUGCUUGGACAAAGAUUAAAGUGCAUGAAUUUGUGCAGACGCACUUCAAGCAGAGAGAGGCAGAUGAAGUUAAGCCACUGGAUGAGCUGUACGAUAAGAAGAUGAACUGCAUUGCUAACCAUACAGGGGCAGAUAUAAAUCGGGAGAUUGAUUAUCAGAAGAAUGGGAACGGCACCACCAGUGGCAUUGGCAGCAGCGUAGAGAAGUACAUCAUUGAUGAAGAUCACAUGUCAUUUAUCAACAACCCUCACCUCACUGUUCGUGUUCCCAUUGCGGUGGGUGAGUCUGACUUUGAGAAUCUCAACACAGAAGAUUUCAGCAGUGACACUGACCCUGCUGGCAGCAAAGAGAAGCUGGAUGAUACAAGCUCAUCAGAGGGGAGCACCAUAGAUAUAAAACCAGAGGCAGAAGAGGUACCUGUGGAAGCACCAGAAGAAUACUUGGAUCCUGACGCAUGUUUCACUGAAGGCUGUGUUCAACGGUUCAAAUGCUGUCAAGUCAGCAUAGAAGAAGGACUGGGCAAGUCUUGGUGGAACUUAAGAAAGACAUGUUUUCUCAUUGUGGAACAUAACUGGUUUGAAACCUUCAUUAUCUUCAUGAUCUUGCUCAGCAGUGGAGCUUUGGCCUUUGAGGAUAUUUAUAUAGAACAGAGAAAGACAAUACGCACCGUCUUGGAGUAUGCUGACAAAGUCUUCACCUACAUCUUUAUCCUUGAAAUGUUGUUGAAGUGGUGUGCCUAUGGAUUUGUGAAAUUCUUCACGAAUGCCUGGUGUUGGUUGGAUUUCCUCAUUGUAGCAGUCUCUUUAGUCAGCCUUAUAGCUAAUGCCCUGGGCUACUCGGAACUAGGUGCCAUUAAAUCCCUUAGGACACUCAGAGCCUUGAGGCCUUUAAGAGCGUUGUCCCGAUUUGAGGGGAUGAGGGUGGUUGUGAAUGCCUUGGUGGGUGCCAUACCCUCCAUUAUGAAUGUGCUGUUGGUCUGCCUUAUCUUCUGGCUGAUUUUCAGCAUUAUGGGGGUUAAUCUCUUUGCUGGGAAGUAUCAUUACUGCUUUAAUGAGACGGCUGAGUAUCAAUUUGAAAUAGAAGAAGUCAACAACAAGACAGAGUGUGAGAAGCUGAUGUAUCCCAAUGAAACCGAUAUCCGGUGGAAGAAUGUAAAGAUUAAUUUUGACAAUGUUGGUGCAGGGUACCUGGCCCUUCUACAAAUCGCUACCUUCAAAGGCUGGAUGGAUAUAAUGUAUGCAGCAGUAGAUUCUAGAAAGCAAGAAGAGCAGCCCAGGUAUGAGGACAACAUCUACAUGUAUAUCUACUUCGUCAUCUUCAUCAUCUUUGGAUCCUUCUUCACUUUGAAUCUCUUCAUUGGUGUUAUUAUUGACAACUUCAAUCAGCAAAAGAAAAAGUUUGGAGGUCAGGAUAUCUUUAUGACAGAAGAACAGAAGAAAUACUACAAUGCCAUGAAAAAAUUAGGCUCCAAAAAACCUCAAAAGCCAAUUCCCAGGCCUCUGAACAAAAUCCAAGGCGCUGUCUUCGACUUUGUCACCCAGCAAGCCUUUGAUAUACUAAUAAUGCUGCUCAUCUGUCUCAACAUGGUGACUAUGAUGGUUGAAACCGACACACAGAGCAAAGAGAUGGAGGAGAUCCUCUACUGGAUCAAUUUUGUCUUUGUUAUCUUUUUCACUUGCGAGUGUGUGCUGAAAAUGUUUGCCUUACGUCACUAUUAUUUCACUAUUGGAUGGAAUAUUUUUGAUUUUGUGGUUGUGAUACUCUCCGUUGUGGGUAUGUUUUUGGCAGAAAUCAUAGAGAAAUAUUUUGUGUCACCAACUCUCUUCAGAGUCAUCCGCCUGGCCCGUAUUGGUCGAAUCCUGCGCUUGAUCAAAGGAGCUAAAGGGAUCCGUACCUUGCUUUUUGCCUUAAUGAUGUCUUUGCCUGCCUUGUUCAACAUUGGCCUCCUGCUCUUUUUAGUGAUGUUCAUCUUUUCCAUCUUUGGAAUGUCAAACUUCGCUUAUGUCAAGCAUGAGGCAGGUAUUGACGACAUGUUCAACUUUGAGACUUUUGGCAACAGCAUGAUAUGCUUAUUCCAAGUCACUACCUCAGCUGGAUGGGAUGGGUUGCUCUUACCCAUCCUCAACCGUCCUCCAGACUGUGAUUUGGAAAAGGAACAUCCUGGGAGUGGCUUCAAAGGUGACUGUGGGAAUCCUUCCGUAGGGAUCUUUUUCUUUGUUAGCUAUAUCAUCAUCUCCUUUCUGAUUGUGGUAAAUAUGUACAUUGCCAUCAUUCUAGAGAACUUCAGUGUGGCUACAGAGGAAAGUGCUGAUCCACUGAGUGAAGAUGACUUUGAAACCUUCUAUGAGAUCUGGGAGAAGUUUGACCCUGACGCUACCCAGUUCAUUGAAUACUGCAAGUUGGCAGACUUUGCAGAUGCUUUGGAACACCCUCUUCGUGUUCCUAAGCCCAACACCAUUGAACUCAUUGCCAUGGAUUUGCCAAUGGUCAGUGGGGACAGAAUCCAUUGCCUGGACAUCCUCUUUGCCUUUACCAAGCGUGUAUUGGGUGACAGUGGUGAACUAGACAUCUUGAGGCAACAGAUGGAAGAAAGAUUUGUGGCUUCUAACCCUUCCAAAGUGUCUUAUGAGCCCAUCACAACCACAUUACGGCGCAAACAGGAGGAAGUCUCUGCACUGGUGAUCCAGAGGGCUUACAGGGUCCGUUUAGCAAGGAGGGGAUUUAUCUGCCGAAAAAAUGUCUCCAACAGAAUAGAAAAUGGAGGGACAAAUAGGGAGAAAAAAGAAGGCACUCCAUCCACGGCUUCCCUCCCAUCGUACGACAGUGUAACUAAGCCUGAAAAAGAAAAACAGCGGGCCGAAGAAGGGAGACGCGAAAGAGCAAAAAGGCAAAAAGACGUCAGGGAAUCCAAAUGCUGAGAUGAUCUAUAAUAAUAA